AUGGUCAGCCAUAUAUGGGAAGACAUUUCUCUGCUGAUAUUUUCUGAACCAGACAUGAUCAAAGAGCUUAUGGUGAACAACAAUGACUCAGUGUUUAAAGAUGCACUCAAUCCUCUGUCUAAGCAGCUAUUUGGACAGGGACUUGUUGGCUUGCAGGGUAAGAAAUGGACCAUUCACAGAAAGAUCACAAGUCAAGCCUUCACCAUGGAGAGAGUUAAGGCUUGGGUCCCUGAAAUCGUGGCUAGCACUUCAAAAGAGCUGAACAAAUGGGAAGAUGAAAGAGGAGGAAGAGAUGAAUUUGAAAUUGAUAUUAACAAAGCACUUCAUAAUCUUUCAGCAGAUAUUGUAUCUAGGACAGCAUUUGGGAGUAGCUUUGAAGAGGGAAAGCGCAUAUUUGAACUACAAGAACAACAGACGAUGCUUACUUUGCAGGCUAUGCGAAGUGUUUAUAUUCCUGGAUUAAGGUUUCUACCAACUAACAGAAACAGAAUCAUGUGGAAACUAGAGAAGGAAAUUCGGGAUUCAGUAAGGAUGUUGAUUGUAACAAACAGCAAAAUAGGAGAGAACUCAAACAAUCUUCUUUCUCUGUUAAUGUCUGUCAAUGGUGAUAAUGAUAAGGAUAACCAGGGGUUAGGGGUGGAAGAAGUUAUAGAUGAAUGCAAGACAUUCUACUUUGCAGGGAAGGAGACAACUGCCAACCUUUUGACAUGGGCACUUCUGCUCCUAGCACACCAUCAAGAAUGGCAAAGCAGGGCAAGAGAAGAAGUCUUUCGGGUUUGCAAGAACGGUGAACUUCCAAAUACAGAGAAUCUAAACGAUUUCAAGAUUGUAGCCUGCAUACUGAACGAAACACUUCGACUUUACCCUCCAGUUGUGAUGUUGAUGAGGCAAACAUCACACAACAUUAGGUUGGGAAAAUGUUGA